CCCCAACCCUAACCCUAACCGUUAACCCUUAUCUAAGGUCUCAUAAUCUUAGGUUAAAAAACUGAGUUUUACUUCUGGAUUCACUUUGAUUGACAGCAACACAGAAAUUACCGUGGCAACCACAGAAAUGUCAACGUGUAAGGUUCCAUUGUUGCAUCGGGUGAAAUAGAAUGAAAUCUUCAUUUUGGCGCGUCUUUAUCUAUGACAUCACAAAGGAGUCACACAAAGGCACAGAAUCCUCAUACAGUUGUAGUGGAUCCAACACACAGCAGUACCAUUUCUUCAGAGCUGGUUAACAGGUAAGUUCCCUUGUGUUCAGUUUACUAACUUUUCACUGAAAGCUUAUUUGUUUACUCAAACAGUCAGCAAAGAUGGACUAUUCAGGAGAUGGUUAUAAUGUGUCCCUACUGAGAAACCUCCAACGCUACAGGCGUCCUGGUUUGGGCAUGUACGAUCCUCCAGUGAUGACUGAGGUCCAAAUGUUAGCCGAGCAUCCUGAGGCUCUAAACCAUGUCCCACCUGAUCCAGCUCCCAAUGUUGCACCAGUUGUAAUAGUGGCUCGUGCUCCUGAGGAAGAAAAUGAGUGGUGGGAUGAAUUCGUGGACACUGAUAGUGAGACUGAAAGCGACACCGACAGUGACACAGACAGCUCCCUGGAUCGAAGUGUCAGCAGCGACGAAGGCGAUGUGUUCGCUGUAGAAGACGGAGAUGAUGAGGACUCACAUCCCGUCCAAGGCAAGAGAAAGAGAGAAGGAGAGGAGGAAGAUGAUUCAGAAUCAGAGGAGAGCGAUAGCAAAAGAUUUAGGUGGUGGGAUGAGUUCAUGGAUACGGACACUGAGAGCUGUUCUGACAGUGAUUCCAGCAGUAUCACCUCUGAAAGUGAAAACGUAGAAGAUGUCAAAGAUAUGGUCCCAGUAGAAGAAGAAGAGGAAGAGGAAGAGGAGGACACAUGUCCUGCUGAUAUCAGACAGAUGAAAAGGCUGGACAAAGAUAUCAAUGACGAUCAUGACCCAUAUAAUGACCACAAUGACGGAAAGAGGAAAAGAGAUGAAGAGGGAGAUGAUGAAGAUGGAGGAAGCUUCAAAAGAUUCAGACACUGACCUAUCAAGAACCACAACAAACACUUUCCCCUUCAUCCCCCUCAUCCGCCUCACAUCCACAACCCCCAAUGGAUUCACUGCAAUCUUCAAUCUUGGGGAUCAGGGAAAAAAAUGCACUAUCCAGAUCUUUGUGUGGACUAGGGAUACCUAGAUCCAGAUCUCAGGUUUGGUGUGGACCAGGUUGACGCAAUUUUCAAGGUCAACACAGGAGUUGGAGUUGACACGUCCAAGAUGAAAUCAAGAUGAAAAAAGAAACAUAAACUGAAAUGCUCUGUCUUCACAUUUAAAAAAAUUAACUGAAAUGAAAUAAUAAAAUUUUGACAAACUGUCA